CCACAGCGGAGCAUUUGGCCCCACCACCCCUCCCUCCGUCUGUGCGCUGGGCGCAGAGACACCUGGGGCGGGCAGCAUAUGGGCGCAUAGUGAGUGAUACACAGAAAGACUGACUGCUUCGGUCGGUGUGUUUGGUGUCCCUCCCGUCUGUGUGGAUCGGCCGAAUCUCCCCUUGUCACGCACGUCGGCCAUCUGUGUGUGAAGACACACAGACGGCCGGCGUCCACGACAAGCAAGAGAAUCGAUCCCACAUCGACAUGGGCACAGGCAUACACACGAAGAACGACCGCACCGCACAGAGACAGACAGACAUUCAUCGCGGGGUCCAGUCCACAAACGCCCCCCUCCCCAUAAGCAUCUCAUCUCAUCUGUGCGUUCCCCGGCCACCAGCGGCAGACACACACACGGACAGGCGAGAGAAAGGGGAGGAAGGGGAGCUGGGUACGUACGUACGAACACAUACACAUCAACGCCAGCCACGCCCCCAGGCACGUGUGUCGUGGGUGGGUGGGGUGCACCCCAUUUCCCUUUCAAACGACCGAGGGAGGGAGGAAGGGAGGGAGGGAGGGAGAUAGGCAGACAGACAGACAGGCACGGACAGACACACAUCCGCGCGAACGUCAGUCACUCCGAACACUCGUCCACGAGACACGUAUAAACCAGCCAGACAGUCAGAAACAGAGAGAGAGGGAGACGUCAGUCAGUGUACAGGCAGACCCGCCCUCCCCUCCCUUAGAAUCCCUCCCCUCCCUCCCUCCCUCCCUCCCCCACACACACGUGUGUACCCUUACAUACACAUACAUAUGUCGUGUGUGUGGUGUGGUGUGGGUAUGGGAUCGUCCGUCCGUCUACUCCCUGUACCACUUGCGCGCGUGAGCCGCGUAGGUCUCUGACAGACACACACACAGACACACACGGCCACACACACGAGUUCCUAUCUGUCUCCUUCUCUUCUUCUCCCGCCUACGUACGUUACGUGAGUGUUCUUAAUUAACAUCACAUAAUACCUGGUGCAACCGCCUCUACGACGAUGGGCAUGAAGCCGUGCAGAGUACCGCAGUACUCACUGCAAUCAUCGAUCAGAUCAGUGAGUGGGUGGGCGGAUGGAUGGAUGGAUGGACAGACGCACACAUCACACACAUGGUAUGGGUGUGUGUGUAGUGCAGUGCAGCGCACAAUGUGAGUGGGUACCCACCUGCACUGUCCGUAGAAGACGCCCUCGCGCUGGAUGAAGGUGUGGAUCUUGUGCAGACGGCCGGGGGUGGCGUCGGCCUUGAUGCCCAGCGAUGGCACGGCCCUGCAUACAAACAAACAAACACACGCACACCACACUCAGGCGGGCGCAUGCAGAUGUCAGACAGAUGUGUGCGUGUGUCCCUCCCCCAGUGGCUGGCUGGCUGGCUCACCAGCUGUGAAUGACGUCGGUGCCCGUGAUGAGGAAGCGGAUGUGUGUGCGCGUCGGCAACGUCAGGCGCUUGUCCACCUCCAGCUGACGCAACAUACCUACACAACACGCGCACAUCACAUCACAUCACAUCACAUACUCAAUCAAAAGAAUCCAUACAUGUCCGUUCCGGUGUGGUGUUGUGUGGGGUGUGUUGGAGCCACAAUGGUUGGUAUGGUUGGUACCUACCGGGUUUGAGGUCUUCGUCAACGACCAUAUUGCUCUGGAAGACGUAAUAGGUCGGGAUCUCCGCACCGUCCAAAUACUACACACACAACACACCACACCACACACACAGGGAGCAUACAUACAUUUCAUGAUCAUGACAUGUCAUGUCAUGAUACACGCGAGCCCUCUGCUCUGCUCUGCUGUGUGUGUGUGUGUGUGUGUAUGGGUGGGUGGGUGCGUGUGUGUCCCUCCCUCCCUACCUCCCUCCCUACCUUUUGCGGCGUGGGGUAGUCUUCGGGUUUGACGUCCUUGAGCUUGGGCUUGUACUCCGGCACACUCAGCGACAAAUCUGCAGACACAUACAUGGACAGUCAGUACACACACCAAAAACCACAAUAAAACAAACGCGAUUGAUAGAGAUGCACACGCUGCGCCUAUGCGAUGCGAUGCGAUGCGUCACGUCUGUCUGCCUGUCCUCUCCCUCUCCCUCCCUCCCUGACCUUGAUCAACACUUUUGGCCUCGAGCGUCUCCAUCUUGGGCGCCGGACCCUUAUGCAAUGACACACACACCAAGCACCAUGCCCAGACAGACAGACAGACAGUGUGUGUGGUCCAGCCAGCCUCCUACCGAUGGCGGGGCGAAUUCAACGUUGGAUUUGUAUUGUCUGAACCCCAUGUUGGUCAUGGCCGUUCUCACGUAAUCUACCAGCGUCAUCCUGCCGCCGUGCAGCCACACACACACACACGCACCUGCCACAACCACACACAGGUGCUGCGCUGCGUGUGGCGUCUUGCGGCUAUCCCCGCCCUCUCCCCUUUCCUGCGCUGUGUGACCCUCUCACCUCUCCCUACGUGCCGGCCGGGCCGAUCUCUCGUGAACGUUCUCGCCAAACAGCACCCGAAAAGGCCGGGACGAGCAGCCCCGGUCUCAGAGUGAGAUGUGGAUCCGCCCGACUCUCAGACACAGGAGAGCACCAAUGCCGACGUCUGCUCCCCUUCG